CCUGUUAAUACCACAAGGAUGCUUGCUGUUGUACUGAGCGUUUGUGCCCUGUUAUGGUGUUCAGUAUUGACCUACGCAAGUCAAACUUAGAAUCUGUUUCUGACAUUAUCUGAUGAAAAUGAUGCUAUUUUCCAAGCUGAACAUAUUAUCAUCACUGAUAUUAACCAGGUCGUCUGUUGGCAUCAUGGUGCUUCAAAUACCUUAAAUUGGUAUCAUCAGUUUAAUGACCGUCGAUUAAAGAGACAGUAUAAAAUUCCCAAAGAUGAUGACAGAAGGUAUUUUGGAUGGUAUAGUGAGCAGACUAGUUCAUCAUCAUCUCUACAUCAACAACUUAAACUAUUGAAAGACGUGAGCUAUGUUCCAGUUGAGGGAUAUUUCUUCUGUGAUCCUGAUCGUAAUAAUGAUAAUGACAAAUAUAUCUCAAUUGGGAUCCAUUACCCCAUCUCUUCUAUUAGUGGGAGUAUUCAAAUGUUGGAAAAAGGUAGUAAGAUGUUCAGAGUGAUUUGUACUUCAACUGGUGGUAGACCACUGACAUUGUCUAUCACUGGACCAUCUGGUGUUGUGGAGACUAAAAUUGUCAAUGUCAGUGACAUAAAGGGAGUGGGUAAUGACAGUUUUUCAGCUGAAGGAAACUGGAAAAAAGGAGCGCAUGAAGAUAUGUAUGUGUGUUUUGCAUCUAACGGAGUGUCUAAUGCUUCAGAAGUUAUUUCAUUGAAAGUUGCUGGGAGUCCAACUCUACUGUUAGUAGUACAGACAUCAGCUACAUCAGUGAUAGUGGAGUGGAGUCAGCCAUCAGGAGCAGCCACAGUGACUGGAUAUGUAGUACACUAUAGUGACGGAGUUGUUAAC